AUGGCUGGUAGAGCCUUAACAAUGACUUACAGCGAUGCAUUCGGCGAUAUGCAACUGACGUCUGGUAGACUACAGAUGGCAGGUUCCGUGUUUCAUCAAAGGAACUAUCCCACAGGUGCCGUGAUUAUUGGUCAACGGGGUUGCUAUCCGUUGGUUGGGUUCCAUGUUAUUCGAGUUUAUCUCAUCCAAUCUCAACCUAAUACAAUACUCGUUUUAGUUGCAAUCCCAGGCAUGAGCAAGAGUGAAUUUGAAACGAUGUCGAACGCUCCCGAAGAUUUCAGUAUCCGAUCUCCAGUUCCUCAAUACCAACCAAUGCAUACUCCCGCGUCAACUGCCAUCGGCAGCCAUGAUAUUGCCGGACCUAAUGUCAAAUACUGUCACGUUGUCCACUGCAACCAUGGCGAAUCUCUAGGUGAAGGCUCCCGGGCAAACGUCGUGCCUGUUGCCCUCGUUGAGAGAUGGCCUGCCUUGAUCGAGUGCCCUGCUUGCAAGGGCGUCACUCCCACUACAACGGACCAUACCAUUGGCAAAGGAGCACACUGGAUGGCCGUCAUGCUGUUUUUCACCACUGGUGUUGGCGUAUUCGCUCCGUAUGCCAUGAGGCCUUUCAAGGACGUCGUUCACAGCUGCCAGCGAUGCGGACGAAAGGUAGCGACUCGGCGAUUCGGCGGUGGCACUAAGACGCACCUUAUGUGA